CACACACACACAAAGACACACAAACACACUUUCUCCUCCUCCUCCGUACUUUAUGACGUGCGCCCUACUGGGCGGUUGGCGGGCAGAAAGAGGGAGAGAGAGCAGAAGCCAGCUUCUGCAUUUGUGCCGUCACAGGAGGGCGUGCCUUGAAAGAGCGCGUGCGGACCUUGCUGCCCUGGAACUCUGGGAGGCGGCAGCGCGUUCUCUCCGAGAGCGAGGCGAGAGAGGGAAAGGGAUACUUUUUACCUCUUUCUACCUUCUUUUUCCUUCCCACCAUGCUCCGAGUCUGGACUCUGCGGACCCGCCGCCGUUUGCGCUUCAGAAGCGAAGCUUAUCCUUAUUGCUGGCUUUCCCCGGCUUUCCCUUCUCUUGGGCAAAGAUGAAGAAGGCAGGGUCGAGGAGGUAGGAGAAACUGACUGAGUCCGGCUGCUGCUGCUGCUUCUCCUCCUCCUCCCCUUCUCCUUCUACAGCUUUUCCCGCUCGACCAGCAUGAGGGACGAGAAAGAAGCCGCCGCCUCCGCUUCUUUACACCGCGGGCUCAACAAACUUCCAAGCCAGCAGCCUCUGGCUCGCGGCUCUGCAGAGCCCCAUCUGCGGAACGGCUACUACGCGAAGGGAUGCGCGGCGGCUCCUCUGGCCCGGAGCAGCCUCUUGCUAGACCUUCGGGCGCUCCUCCCAGCCGCCCCUCGCCGGACUCUGGUCUGGGGUCUGGGUGGUGCGGCGGCUACCUUGGCGCUCCUGCCGUGCGCCUUGCUCUGGGAAGACCGCCAAAGGAAAGCGGGCGCAGCUGCCAGCAGCCCCGAAGCAACCGGGCUGUGGGCGCCGCUGGGACUUUGCCGGUGCCUGAGCCCGCUCUUCAGCCUCGCCUGUGCCUUCUUCUUCUUCACCUGCUACCUGGCCCGGGAGGAGCCCGGCGGCUCCCGGUGGCUCCUGGUGCUGCCGGUUUGUUGCUACGCGGGGGAUUUGGUGACGCUGCAGGGGCUCCUGCUGUCCCGCCAGGCCGAAGCCCAGGAAGGCGCCCCUCACCUUCCUUCAGCCGAAUUGCAAAUGCUGGCGGGGCGGUGGUUGGCGGCGCUUGGCGCUGUGGCCGGACUGACCCUUUGGCAGCGCGGCCUCAAAUUCCGCAGCAACCUCCUGGUUUUGCUUUUCUCCAGCCUCGUGUGGCUGGUCUCUCUCACAAGCCUGGGGUCCCUGCCUCCUCCCCUUAGACCGCUGCUGUCCUGCUUCGCCGGGACGGCGGGAUGCUUGUGGGCGCUGCUGAGAGGAGAGCGCUGCGUUUUUUCUUCUCGCUCCCCUUUGGGUCGGGAUUUACAGCAGCACCUCCAGGGAUCGCCUCCGAAGUUGCCCGGCAGUGCUGAGCACAAAGUUCCUGUCACCCGACCCAAGAGGAGAUCCAGUUGCGUGUCCUUGGGAGAGACUUCUGCCGCUUACUGUGGCGGCUGGAAAACGUCCAGGAGACCUUCGUUGCCUUGCAUUUCCAAAGAACAGAUGAUUCUUUGGGACUGUGACUUAAAGCAAUGGUAUAAACCUCAUCAUCAGAAUGCAUGCAGUGGAACGGAAGUUGAUUUUUCUGUACUAAAUCAGACUCGCAAUAUAGUGUCUGAACUUCUGUCUGAUCCAGUCCUUCCUCCACAUGUGAUUUCUUCUCUUCAAAGCAUCAAUAACUCACUAAGUGCUUUCUCAGGUUCAUGCAGGCCAAAGACUAACCUGUUUACUCCCUUUCCGGGGUUUUAUUCCUGUCCAGAAAUGGAAGAGUCACCUGAAAGAGGAGACUGUAAGCUGCACAAGGUACUGAGCAGCCGAAAUAGUUUACCAACACCACAGUUAAGGCAAAAUUUAGGAAGCUUGUUGCCUGUUGAUCCAACUUCUAGAUGGGAACGUAAUAAUGGCAAAAGGUCGCACCAUAAAUAUAAUCUUUCAAGCCAAGGAUCUUAUCCAAAUGGGCCUCUUGUUGGUACAAGCCUAUUGACAAUUCCGAAACAAAGAUCAUCUUCAGUGACCUCAGCAAACAAUACAGGUUCUAGACGAGCUGGAAUUUCUCAGAAUUUAAGUCCUGGCAUUUCACCCAGUAAUGGAUUUCUCUCCAGUGGGUAUCAUCGACCACCUGCGGAAUUUCCUGAUACCGCUGAUUUCUUUACUAAACCUAGUAUUAAUGUACAUAAAUCUCUGGGAAGCCCAUUUAAUUUUUCAGAUUGUCAACAACAAUUUAGAACAUCUUCAUGUUAUACCUGUAAUAGUUGCAGACGGCAAGUAUUCAACUCUGUUGCAAACUCAUUAUUUGAAUCUGUAGCAGAAUGUCAAAGUCAAAAAUCAGGUGAAGAUGGAAACAGUGAGGUUUUAAAAGACCCCAACCAUGUUGCAGAGAAACUGCACAGUGAAUUGGGAGAAACAAAAAAUCCUUCUUGUCAAAUGGAUCAAACUAAGAAUUUUCAGUUUGAUAUUGAGGAGAAUUCUUUAGAAAAGAUGUUAAUAGAGAACCAUAAUUCAUUAAUGGAAGAAAUGAACAGCUGGAAUUUUCAAAUAUUUGAUCUUGUUCAAAAAAUGGGCGAUAAAUCUAGAAGAAUCCUUAGUCAGGUUGCAUUUGCAUUGUUUCAAGACACUGGUUUAUUUGAAAUUUUCAAAAUUCCAGUUCAGCAUUUCAUGAACUACUUUCAAGCACUAGAAAAUGGCUAUCGAGACAUUCCCUAUCACAAUCGAAUACAUGCAACAGAUGUUCUUCAUGCUGUGUGGUAUCUUACAACGAGACCAAUUCCCGGAUUUCAGCAAAUAGACAGUGACUCCGGGAGAAGAACCGCCAGAGAAAGUGAUAUUUCAGGGGGCCAUGUUGCCUAUGUUUCAUCCAAAAGCUGUCCUGUUGUAGAUGAAAACUAUGGAUAUUUAGCAUCAAAUAUUCCAGCCUUAGAAUUAAUGGCUUUAUAUGUAGCAGCAGCCAUGCAUGAUUUUGAUCAUCCUGGUCGGACAAAUGCUUUUCUGGUAGCAACAAAUGCGCCACAGGCUGUGUUGUACAAUGAUAGAUCGGUUCUAGAAAAUCAUCAUGCAGCCUCUGCAUGGAGCCUCUUCUUAUCACUACCGGAAUACAAUUUUCUGUCUAAUCUUGACCAUGUACAGUUCAAACGAUUUCGAUUCUUAGUGAUUGAAGCAAUACUUGCGACAGAUCUCAAGAAACAUUUUGAUUUUCUUGCUGAAUUUAAUGCCAAGGUAAACAUGAAUGGACAUGGUAUUGAAUGGAGCAAUGAGAGCGAUCGACUGUUAAUAUGUCAGAUAUGCAUCAAGCUUGCAGAUAUCAAUGGUCCAGCCAAAGUUAGAGAUCUCCACCUGAAAUGGACAGAGGGAAUUAUUAAUGAAUUUUAUGAACAGGGAGAUGAAGAAGCAAACCUGGGGCUACCUAUUAGUCCUUUUAUGAACCGACAUUCUCCUCAACUUGCCAAAUUACAAGAAUCUUUUAUUGCUGACAUUGUUGGUCCUCUUUGCAAUUCUUAUGAUGCAGCCAACUUGCUUCCAGGCAGGUGGAUUGAAAAAGAUGAGCGGGAAAGCUCUGAAGAUUGUGAUGCAGAAGAGGAUAGCGAAGAGGAAAUGGAAGAUUUAGGAACAAAAUUACAAAGAAGAAACGGACAGCAAAUAUUUAGUCAGCUAACAUACCAUUUGAAUGAAAACCAUAAAAUGUGGAAGAAAAUAAUUGAAGAAGAGGAACUAAAUAAACCAGAAGAAAAUGAACAUUCAGAAAAUACCUCCUUAUGUCAAACAGAUGAGAUUCAGGUCAUUGAGGAAGCAGACGAAGAAGACGAACGACAUUAAGAACAAGGAAAAAAAAACACUUUAGAAAGACUUCGUAACAGUGUUCUAGACUGCUACAAGAAUAUACUUUUGCCCAUAAUGCUGGCUGUAAACUGACAGACCUGAAGAAGUAUGAAAAAUAGUAUACUGAAUCAGAGGUGGGUUCGGCCAAGUAGGUAGUAACUUCGCCGGCUAUGCAAAGUUCUGUCUUGUUUUUUGCUUCUGCACAUGCACAGGGGCAUUUUUUAACCAGUAGGUUAAUGCAUCAAGCGAACCAGCAGUAGAAGAAGCCAGAACCCACCCCUGUACUGAAUAAUGUGAAAGGAUACUUAUUUCUUCAGCAUUAUCACACUUCUAUGCACUUUUGAUACAUGGAAAUUUUAAAAAAAACUUCACAGCCUUACUGAACACAGUACUGCAUUCCAUGAUGAGAAGAUUUUAUGUCCAGCUUGGUCUUCAUGUAUCUUGUUUUGCUGCCUUCCUAAAAGUAACUUUUUAAUAUCAAAAGGGAAUUAACAGUUUGGAGAACAAUUAAACCCGAAAUACCCAAGUUAUAAGGACAUUGUGUUUUGCAGAUGCUCCUGAGACAAAGGCCUAUAAUAUUUUAGAAUUUUGUUUUUAAUGCAAACCUUAAAAUCACUGUGCCUGUCAAUAAGCAGUUCCCAUAAAUUUAAUUUGCAAGAGUUUGAUUAAUGAAGUUAUUGGAUUGAUUUAACCAUUAAAUGGCUGCAAUCAGAAUUGCCAGGUCCUUAUGGUUAAAAUUGAAUUUCCUCUGCACCUGUUUGAUGCUUUUGUUUUUACUGUGGCAAAUAGCCUGCUAUUUUAUUUUUCUAAAAAUGUACAGUUUCCAAUGAGUAUUCAGGCUAAUUUCCUAAAUAUACCCCUGUUGCCUUUUUUUCCUCAUUGUUCUGCAAUAGAACAUACAAGCUAUUUAACUAUUUUAAUAAUUACAGGAUUUUAUUCUUCUAGUCAAUGUUAUAAAUAUAUUCCACUCUUUUUCAGGAUUCAUGUUUAAAAACCUGGCACGGUAGAUUUUAUAUUUACAGACUUAUGCUAAUGCUAGAUGGUCAUUAAAAAUUGACUUUUGCUCUGUAUAUAAUCUUCAUAAAAAUUAAAAGAUGGUUUUAUAUAAA